AUGGCAAGUAAAGGAUCAGCAAAGGCAAGCCUUUGGAAUGCCGACACCGUGUACGAACUUGGACUCUGUAGAAUGUUGGAACAAACUCUCGGCAUUUGGCCGAUCGGUUAUCAAGACACGUUUUCAAAAUUACGACUCUUCGUCGUGGCAGUUUUGGAAAUAUCGAUGAUCAUAAAUCUAAUCCGUGAGAUAAUCGCGGACUGCGUGAUCGUGGACGAAAUGGUAAAUUUUGUGGCUCUGGUGGCAUGUUCGAUAGUUGCCUUGCUCAAAAUCAUGAUACUGCAAAUAAAUAGAAGAAAAAUGGAACUCGUGAUAAAAUCAGCGGUUGACGACUGGUCGAUGAUCGAAGAAUCGAGCUCCAGAGAAAUAAUGAAACAACAUGCUCGAACUGGAAGAUUCGUAUUUAUAUAUCAAAUGGCAUCAGCAGUUCUGACAAUCGUUCUAAUGGCAUGGGCGGCUUUGCCAUUUCUCGCAGAAUUGCCGGAAAGUCUCGGAGAUCAUUUUGAGAACUCGAGUGCCACCUCUUUUCACAAUAAUUCUGAUCUUUUAUCGCAUCUCCAUGAAGCUAAGGAAAUUAAUUUACCGCGGAGUCUCCCAAUGGGGACUGGCUGUUUCGUUAACGAUAUCUCUUCGAUAUCUUACGCUCUCAUUUUUAUCUAUCAAGUCAUUCAACUCAUUAUAACGAGUGCUGGUAACAUUGGCACCGACGUCUACUUUUUUUCGAUUUGUAUGCACGUUUGUGGACAGCUCGAGUUACUCAAAAUAAAGUUUGAAAAUUUCGGCCACGACUCUGACUCUCGUACCUGUCACGAACAAGUCCGUGCAUUCGUAAAGAGACACAACCAUCUGAUAGAACUUUCCAAUAUUUUUGAAGACAGUUUCAAUAUUCUCAUACUCGCUCAACUCUCAGCCAAUGCUUUUAUUAUGAGCCUCUUGGGUAUACAGCUCUAUCUUUAUUUAUAA